GGAAAUGAGCAUCAACCUCUCAGCAAGGGAAAGCAGCGCUGUGGGUUCGGUCCAAACACGGAACUUUUAAUGCCCUAAAAUUAUUGUCCCGAGUGAAUUUCUCAUCAGGUCAGAUUGCGGAGUUUUAUUGCAUAUAAACACAGCCAGCGGUAGGGGCAGCCUCUGUAAGAGCAGCAAUGUCUGUCAUCAUACAGACUCGCAAUGAGGUGGGUGGUGGUGUUGCAGCCCACCUCCAGUGUCCCCACUGUGGUCAUUUGUCCAAGAGCCAUGCCCAACAGCUGUCCCACAUGGCGGCCACUCACCCAGCCUGCCUGGACGACACGGCGGUGGGUCACCUUGGCAACAUCCUGAUAUAUCAGAGCACCGCCCGGCUGUUCCACUGCUCCAGCUGCUUCUACACUUGCCGAGACUUCACUAAGCUGUAUACGCACAUCAUCUCCAAACACUGCAUGGAUGAGAGGGAGGGCGGAGUAGAGGGAGGAGAUGAUGGGAGUGAUGGGGGAGAGAAGGAAAAGAUGGGAGAGGAGGGGGAGGAGGAGCAGAAGGAGAAGAGAGGGAAGGACAACCUUAAAAGAAAGAGGACCAGUGAGGCUGAGGAGGAAGAAGGGGAGGGACACGAUGAAGAAUGUGAGUCCCAGAGGGAGGUGAAACCAGAUGAAGAAGGAGAGGAGAGCGGUCUGAUGCCAGACGGCGCUGGUUACCGCUGCCUGAUCUGUGGCUGGAAGAACAAGCUGAAAGCUCUGGGCGUCAACCACGUGGUGCGGAAACAUGACAUCCCAAAACCGUACGCCACCCAGGCCAUCAGACGAGACGCCGGCAUGCCCAAACAGAUGCAGAGCAGUGGGCCGGAGGAGGAGGAGCUGGAAGGGCUGAGUGGAGAGCUGCUGAAGGAGGAGAUGGAGGCUACGGCCAAGGUGAUCCGCUUCAUCUCCAACCGCUUCGUCUGUCUGAUCUGUGGCUGGAAGACCAAACUCAAAGGCUUUGCCAUCAGUCAUGUGGUGCGCAGCCACAACGUGGAGCGUCCCUACAGCUGCAAAGACUGCAAACACACCUUCUUCCUGCCCAGCCGAUUACAGCAGCACAUCAGAGAGGCUCACCGGCCCGGACGCUACGCCUGCCCCUUCUGCUGCUUCAGGUCACACUUCCUGGGAGGUUUCAGGAGGCACUGUAGCCGCUGCAACGUCCGGGAGGACGUGGGGCUUUUUGACUGA